AGAGACACAGAGGGACAGGUCGUCAGAUGGACAGGUCGUCAGAGGGGUCAGAGGGACAGGUCGUCAGAUGGACAGGUCGUCAGAGGGGUCAGAGGGACAGGUCGUCAGAGGGACAGGUCGUCAGAGGGACAGGUCGUCAGAGGGACAGGUCGUCAGAGGGGUCAGAGGGACAGGUCGUCAGAGGGGUCAGAGGGACAGGUCGUCAGAGGGACAGGUCGUCAGAGGGACAGGUCGUCAGAGACACAGAGGGACAGGUCGUCAGAUGGACAGGUCGUCAGAGGGGUCAGAGGGACAGGUCGUCAGAUGGACAGGUCGUCAGAGGGGUCAGAGGGACAGGUCGUCAGAGGGGUCAGAGGGACAGGUCGUCAGAGGGGUCAGAGGGACAGGUCGUCAGAGGGACAGGUCGUCAGAGGGACAGGUCGUCAGAGGGACAGGUCGUCAGAGGGGUCAGAGGGACAGGUCGUCAGAGGGACAGGUGGUCAGAGGGACAGGUCGUCAGAGGGGUCAGAGGGACAGGUCGUCAGAGGGACAGGUCGUCAGAGGGACAGGUCGUCAGAGGGACAGGUCGUCAGAGGGGUCAGAGGGACAGGUCGUCAGAGGGACAGGUCGUCAGAGGGACAUGUCGUCAGAGGGGUCAGAGGGACAGGUCGUCAGAGGGACAGGUCGUCAGAGGGACAGGUCGUCAGAGGGGUCAGAGGGACAGGAGUUCACAGCUGGAUGAAUUAUUGACAAAUUCGUCUCUCUGCUGCAAUGUGUGUAUCAGUCAUCUAACCAGUGUGUGUGUGUGUGUGUGUGUGUGUGUGUGUGUGUGUGUGUGUGUGUGUGUGUGUGUGUGUGUAGAGUUGGCCGAUAUGUGGAGGGAAGAAUCUAGCACCCCCACCCAGACAACAGGAGUUGCUGCUGACAGGGUAAACACACACACACACACACACACACACACACACACACACACACACAGUCUUAUGUAGUCUUCCUACUGUCUCUACUAUGUUAGAGGUGUGUAUCUACUGUCUCCACUAUGUUAGAGGUGUGUAUCUACUGUCUCCACUAUGUUAGAGGUGUGUAUCUACUGUCUCCACUAUGUUAGAGGUGUGUAUCUACUGUCUCCACUAUGUUAGAGGUGUGUAUCUACUGUCUCCACUAUGUUAGAGGUGUGUAUCUACUGUCUCCACUAUGUUAGAGGUGUGUAUCUACUGUCUCCACUAUGUUAGAGGUGUGUAUCUACUGUCUCCACUAUGUUAGAUGAGGUGUGUAUCUACUGUCUCCACUAUGUUAGAGGUGUGUAUCUACUGUCUCCACUAUGUUAGAUGAGGUGUGUAUCUACUGUCUCCACUAUGUUAGAUGAGGUGUGUAUCUACUGUCUCCACUAUGUUAGAGGUGUGUAUAUACUGUCUCCACUAUGUUAGAGGUGUGUAUCUACUGUCUCCACUAUGUUAGAGGGGUGUAUCUACUGUCUCCACUAUGUUAGAUGAGGUGUGUAUCUACUGUCUCCACUAUGUUAGAUGAGGUGUGUAUCUACUGUCUCCACUAUGUUAGAGGUGUGUAUCUACUGUCUCCACUAUGUUAGAGGGGUUUAUCUACUGUCUCCACUAUGUUAGAGGUGUGUAUCUACUGUCUCCACUAUGUUAGAUGAGGUAUGUAUCUACUGUCUCCACUAUGUUAGAGGGGUUUAUCUACUGUCUCCACUAUGUUAGAUGAGGUAAUUGACAUCAUUUGAGUCAGUUGGAGGUGUACCUAAUAUAAUAAUAUAAUAAUAAUAUAUGCCAUUUAGCAGACGCUUUUAUCCAAAGCGACUUACAGUCAUGUGUGCAUACAUUCUACGUAUGGGUGGUCCCGGGAAUCGAACCCACUACCCUGGCGUUACAAGCGCCAUGCUCUACCAACUGAGCUACAGAAGGACCACAUACCUGUGGAUGUAUUUCAAGGCCUACCUUCAAACUCAGUGCCACUUUGCUUGACAUCAUGGGAAAAUCAAAAGAAAUCAGCCAAGACCUCAGAAAGAAAAUUGUAGACCUCCACAAGUCUGGUUCAUCCUUGGGA